ACAAAAAAAAAAAUACCCAUCCCGUUCGACCCUAUCUUCCUCCAUCCAUCUCCCUCGCUCUGCUCUCUUGUCUCGCCGGCAGCGGUGGCGGCUCCGACGGGCGGCGCCAUCCAGGGAGCCACCCGAGUCGUGGGCAAAUCCGGUUCCCGCAAGGAGACGGCGCCAGUCCGGUCGUCGGCUACCUCGCCGCCACACCACUUCCCCGGCGCCCCGGCAAGCUCCCCACGCCAACCCCUCGCCACAGCCGCCCAUCUACCCCGGCGCCGCUCCUCCACCAACCCCCUCGACACCGCCGCACUUGUACCCCCCCUGUCAUGGAAACCCCCUCUGCUAACCACCCCUUGUGGAAUACUUUUUUUCUUGUUGCGGGGGACCCCUUGUUGAAUGCAUCGUAUAAGUUUCUGCUUUCAAAUGAAUCUUCAGCAGCUGUAAUUUAUUUAGCUCGAAUUUGCAUUGCUUGGCAAUUCCCACUUUGCGUUCUGCAUUCGGGAGUUCCUGAUUCAGCGUGUAUGUAGAUGUCAUGUGCAAAAGUAGCCUGUGAAACUGACUUUUGAACAGUUUUUGGUGACCUCAACAUAGCAGCUUAAUGCCUACAAAAUGUACUAGAUUUGAUUCUGUUAAUCUACUACAAAAUGGACCAGGAAGGCUCAUCUAUUGGCUUUCCAUCAAUAUUACUCCUAUGUAUUUCUUACAAUUGUGAGCACAAAUACAUGUAAAAGUAUACUGCUAGUAUUGAUUUAUCUGUUGGAACGCAUGCAGCAUUUCAUGCAGUUUAUGAUCAAAGGGGGAUUCAUGUGUACCCAUACCCCCAAAAUUACUGGAGUUAGUGAGGGAGGAUCAGCGGUCUUUAAGGUGAACUACUUCAAAGAACAAGCGUCCCUGGCACAGUCACCCCAACUCUAUAAACAAAUGCUUAUCAACGGAGGAAUAAACCGAGUGUUUGAGGUCGGUCCUGUUUAUCGCGCAGAAGAUUCAAAUACUCACAGGCAUCUUUGCGAAUACAUAGGUCUUCAUGCAGAGAUGCAAAUCAAGGAGCAUUAUUUUGAGGUUAUAGAUUUCGUUGAUGCGCUGUUUGUUGACUUAUUUGAUCACCUGGCCAAAAACUGUUCAGAGAUGCUGGACAUAAUACAAGAACAAUACCCCUGUGAAAGACUGAAGUACCUUCAGCAAAAUGUGAGGCUCAAAUACUCCGAUGGAAUCAAAAUGUUACAAGAAUCGGGUUUUCCAAUCCAAGAGCCACAAGACUUAAACAAUAAGGCGGAGCUAAUGCUAGGGAAACUCGUCCUUGAGAAGUUGUUUUGUCCCAAACUUAUUCUUUUCUGUGCUGACCUUGGAUUAGGAUUAUCAUUUUUUUGUUUGUUUUGCAAUGUGAUGUACUGUGUACCCGCAAUAUGCAGUUCGUCUGAUCAACUUUUGCAACAUAGGUACAAAACAGAUUUCUUCAUAUUGUACGAGUUUCCAUUGGCAGUCAGGCCAUUUUACACAAUGCCGUCCGGGCAAGAGCGUAAUCCUGGUAGUUACAGUAAUUCCUUCGAUGCUUACAUUAGAGGCCAAGAAGUCCUUUCAGGUUCUCAGAGGAUCCACAAUAAGUCGUUGCUGAUUAAAAGGAUAGAUGAGCGGGGAUAUAUCAAAGCAAUCUUUCAGCAGUUCACGGAUACUUUCGGGUGCGGAGCACCACCGAGAGGAGGUUUCGGAGCUGGACUCGAGCGGCUUGUGAUGCUUUACUUAGGAGUGCCGGAUAUUAGAAUUGCUUCACUUUUUCCGCGUGACCCUGGCCGCCUGGUUCCCUGAUUAAUUGUAUUAUAAUUCCUUUAGUCUUUUUCAGUGCCGGAUAUUACAAUUGAUUCAGCGCCUGGCUCUCUCUGUAGUUACCUUAGUCUUUUUCAGUGCCGUUGCUUCACUUUUUCGGUGCGACCCUAAGUGCCUGUCUCCCUGAGGCCUUGUUUGGUUGUAGGGGAACCAACCCCCUAGUGGAAUUAAUCCCUUGUCACCCAAUCCCUGUGGGGGUUGAUCCCCAUCAAAUCCUGCUAUGUAUCCUUUAUUUGGUUAAUUAUAAUCCCCGUCACCCCUGUCA